UGACUAUGAUGGCAGCUCUAGGCUGAUAUCGAUACAACACUGAAUGUAACUAUUUAAAAAAGUUAGUAAACGCCCCUGAUAAAACAAAGUAGGUAACAUUUGAAGGUUUUUAAUAGUAUAAGAAUAAACAUACCCGCCCAGUCUGGGGAACGGUAAGUUCACGUAGCCUUAGUAAGCUUUUUAAUGCCACAUUGAGGCGAGGAAGUGGCACCGACUUUGUGCUCCCGGUGUGCUGCUGCUGAUGCAGCUGCCACUAGCUAUUUGCAUGUUUUGCACAUUCAUACGAUCGUUGCCGAGCUAGACAACCGCUUAAGCAAUGACACACGUCUGAAUGACCGAUCCUACUGAGAGCAUUUGCCAAUUCACAUCCAAAUGUUUCUUGAGCAAGCUAAUUGCUACCUACCACCUAGCUGCACAUUGUCAAUGGUAUGGUGAAGAGCUAACGUCUUGGAAGCCCACUGGGUGUCUGACAGGCUCUGACAAUACCCUGAAACGAUCCUUUGAUAUCAUAGGCCGACGACUGCUUGAACAACUCCUAUUUGAUAUAAUAUGGUCGUCGGAUACAGGUUGCCCCACUGGAAGGAAGACGUUUUAAAAAGCGGCACUAUGCCCGCUGCUACUGUGGAUCACAGCCAAAGAAUAUGUGAGGUUUGGGCCAACAACCUGGAUGAGGAGCUGAAGAGGAUCCGACAUGUUAUUCGAAAGUACAACUACAUUGCAAUGGACACAGAGUUCCCGGGUGUAGUUGCCAGGCCGAUCGGGGAGUUCCGCAGCAACGCUGACUACCAAUACCAGUUGCUGCGCUGCAACGUUGACCUUCUAAAGAUCAUCCAGCUGGGUCUCACCUUUAUGAAUGAGGAAGGGGAAUAUCCACCUGGAACGUCCACGUGGCAGUUCAACUUUAGGUUCAACCUUACAGAGGACAUGUAUGCCCAGGACUCCAUCGAGCUCCUGACCACGUCGGGCAUUCAGUUCAAGAAGCACGAGGACGAGGGCAUCGACACGCUUUACUUCGCCGAGUUGCUGAUGACCUCCGGGGUGGUGCUCUGUGAGGGGGUCAAAUGGCUGUCCUUCCACAGAUGUUCUUUGAGGAUCAUAUCGACGACGCUAAAUACUGUGGUCACCUGUACGGCCUGGGCACUGGCUCUGCUUACGUUCAGAACGGAACAGGCAAUGCUUACGAAGAAGAGGCCAACAAACAGCAGUCAUGACACCACGUCGGAACCUCUCCCUCUCUCUCCCCCCACCCCCCUCCUCUCCCUCGACAACGGAUCGCCCCCCCUCCAAUCAGAGCGGAAUACCAUCGCUACCGGAUCAUUCUGGAAGCUGAAAAGCAGACUUAUUCUAGAACCGCUGUCACCUCCUAUGCUCAGCUCAUUGUAGAGGAACUACAAAAAUGGCAGACAAUGAGGAAAGGAAAAUCGAGAGCCGCGUGCCGGGAGGGAUGGCAGCCGGUUGGUCUAGUUAAAUGUAAUGUUUAACUCUGUGGGUGGGUACGAGUGGAACGACAAACAAGCAGGAUUUUAGUUCUCCUAAAAUGUUCUGUAGACAUUUUGCACUUUAAAAAAUACUAACCAGAUCCUGAUUUUAUAUGGAAAGCUGAAAUAGUUUCUGGUGUCGUCUUUGUUGCCUUUUUGCCCCCAUUUUACACGUGACUUAUUAUCUUAAUCUUGAAGCUAUCUUGUUUUCUUUAUUUUGUCUUCCCACCACAAAGCUCAGCCUUAACAUUGGCUCUAUGCUCAUGUUUAGCUUUAAUUUAUUCCAUCAGGUCCUGAUCCGCUUGCAUUGAUUAACUGACCCAUUGGUAACGACAGUUGUUGAGUGAACGCGUAAAGUAGUUGUCCAUUUAUCAGACGUUAAAAGUCUCAAGUUAUAACCCUCUAGUAUAGCAAAGCGAUAUUGGGUACUUAAUUCAAAGUGUGUUCACAUGUGCGUAUGACUUGGUGAUAUUUGCAAGUAUUGUGAUAGCCCACAAUACAUUUUCUGUGUGGGAUCGCAAUAACCAGGCUCUGAACUCAAAUCCUAAGAGAUCAACAGACAUGGACUGUUCUUUUUUUCUAUUGUGUGUUGAUUGGUUUUCAUUAGCACUUUUUCUGGUUGAUGAUCGUUUGUUUCAACCGACAUGAAUAGACAUGACCAUAGGAGAGACUUGAACACUUUAUCGUUAAACACAGCUAGUGGUAAAAAGAAACCCUUUUCCACAAGGUGACCUUGUGCAUCAACAUUUAGAAGAAUUCGACCCAUUUUCAUUUUUAAUUGAAAUGAAGGUUUUGUAGAAUUUUAGUAUAGUAAUAAGAGAAAGUUACUUUUACUCAUCAGAGGGAGAGAGAUGGAAAAGGAACAUUACCUUUUAAUCUGCCUCUAAAAGCACCUUGGACUUUCAGUGGAACACAUUCAACAUUGUAGCUCUGUUCAUUGAAUGAAACGUUAUUUUGUGCUGUUAGUUUAUGUACUGCUUCACAGUCGACCCAUGCUGCUUGGAACCUGCUGCAUGAACCAAGACGUUUGAAUAAAUGUUGUUGUUGAGACUACUUAGAGCUUCCAUGGACAUUGAUUGAAGUGUGUGUGUAUCACAACCUGUUGACCAUCAGUGUUAGGAUAUGGAAAUGUAUUCAAUUGAUAUAUAUUUUUUUCCUCAUCACAUCUUUUACAAUAUGUAAAAGAUUUUUCUUUUUUAAAUAUGCAAUACUUAAAUAAAUAUGGUUUUGUAAAUAAAGGCAUGGAAUUUUUAUAACACUAAA